AUGGAAGUCGAAAGCAUAGUGGUAAUCUGCCUGAUCACACUCGUAAUCCUGAUCGUCCAAAUUGUAGUCACUCUCCGGUUGUUCUUGCACUUUCACACGGCUCACAAGAGAGACGAAGAGCAAGGUCUGCAAAUCCUGGAUACAAGAACUGGGUCUGGAUCUGCCCAUGAGGGUGCUGAACCACCACUUCGUCCUGAACCGGAAGCUCUUACAGUGCCUGGACCCGUAUAUCCUGCGAGCUCUAUAUAUAGUGUCCAAAGCAACAACAGCGACUUAUUUCCUGGCCCUGCAGAUCGCUCUCGCUCUCGUGCGCCGGAUUCAUGGGACGGCACGAGUGCUGCAGGCCGGAGAAGAGAUCUCAAAGAAUUUCAUAUUGGCUUAGAGUCCGAGUUUGGAGCCCCUCCUUACAAAACAGCCAGACGUACGAAGAAGCAAGAUAUUUUGAACGAAAUAUGGGCGAGGAAAGUAUGA